CGCGGCGCCGGGGCUGCGCACGCGCCGUUUAGUUUCUCUAGGAAGUCGAGACUUUGUAGCUGAGCGCGAAUCUACGGAUAUGAACCCUUUAACUAAAGUGAAGCUGAUCAAUGAACUAAAUGAGCGUGAGGUCCAGCUUGGGGUGGCGGAUAAAGUGUCCUGGCACAACGAGUACAAGGAUAGCGCCUGGAUAUUUCUGGGAGGGCUUCCUUAUCAAUUGACUGAAGGGGAUAUCAUCUGUGUGUUUUCACAAUAUGGGGAGAUUGUUAACAUUAAUCUGGUACGGGACAAGAAGACUGGGAAAUCCAAAGGAUUCUGUUUCCUUUGCUAUGAAGACCAGAGGAGCACAAUUCUGGCUGUUGACAAUUUUAAUGGGAUCAAGAUCAAAGGAAGGACUAUCCGAGUGGAUCAUGUGUCUAACUAUCGGACUUCUAAGGACUCAGAAGAGGUUGAUGAUGUAACAAAAGAGCUCCAGGAGAAGGGCUGUGGGAUUCAUACCUCCUCACUGUGUUCAUAUGAGAGCUCUGAAGAUGACAAACGCACAAAAAAACACAAGAAAGACAAAAAGGGAAAAAAGAAAAGAAAGAAAGACAAGGAGAAAACUGACUGGGAGGUACAGGCAGAGCAGCCAGCCACCUCUUCAUUGCCCAGAAGCAAGAUGAUAAAGGAAAAGGAUGACCCUGGCUCUAAAAAGCACAGCAGCAAGAAUUCGGAGAGGGGUCAGAAGUCAGAGUCCAGGGAAACACAGAAGCACCACCCCAGCUCCCCUGAAGUCGGGACAACCUGCCCUGGUGGAGCAAAGGAUCGAAAGAGGGAGCUGAAGAAGGAGAAGCCCAAGCAUGAACACAAGUCCUCAAGGAGGAAGGAAGAAAGAGAAGAAAAGAAUAGGAACAGAGACAGUGGUCAGAACUCAGACACCCAUUCUAGCCGGCACAAUGGGCGAUCAGAAGGGCGUAGUCAUAGAAGUGGAAGCAGGAGUCGAGAUAAAUCCCAUAGGCAUAAAAGGGCCUGGCAUUCCCGGGAUGGGGUGUCCUCCAAUCCCAGUGAGCAUGGGCAUCGCUGAUGCUGCAGCUUGUUCAGCUGCUUGGCAGAAUUGGAAAUGAACAGAAUUGGAAAUAAAAUACUUUAAAUGUUUUUAAAAUACAA